AUGAUUCGUAUUAAAAACAAUGAUGAUCAUCAUGCAUCUAUUUCAACAUUUACUAUUUUAACAUACAAUUGUCUUGCUUCAAAUCUUGCUGAACCAAAAUAUUUUCCACAAACUGAUCCAACACAUCUUGAUUUUUCUUAUCGAUCGAAAUUAUUUGAACAUGAAUUACAAUUAUUCAAUGCUGAUAUUGUAUGUUUACAAGAAAUUCAUCAAGACAAUUUUCAUCAAUGGCUUAGUCCAUUUCUUUUUCAAUUGGGAUAUGACGAAGGUACUUUUGCUAAACGUGGUGGUAUCAAAGCUAAAGAUGGUGUUGUAAUAUUUUUCAAACGAGAUAAAUUUAAAUUGAUAACUCAACAUCGACUAGAUUAUUUCGAUAGUGCACAAAUUCAAUUUCCAACAGAAGCAUCAUUAGCUACAUACAAUGUUGCUCUCUUUUGUCUUCUUCAAAUUCAAAAUAAUAAGACAAAUGUAUCCAAUGAAGAAGAACAACAAAUUUGGAUAUGUAAUACACAUUUAAAUUGGAAUCAUACUUUACCUGCUACACAAUUCUUUCAAAUUCGUACUCUUAUUAAUGAACUUACUCGAUUAAAUAAAGAAACUUGUAAUAAACCAUUUGUGAUUGUUGGUGAUUUUAAUAGUACACAUGAUUCAGUUGUUCAUGAUUAUAUUAGAAAUGGAUUUCUUACAGAUACAGUUGAUUAUUAUUCAAAAUUAUAUCAAAUCUAUUUGCCAUUGUUCGAUGGUGAUUCAACUAAAACUAGAAAAUAUCUUACUGGAUCUCAUAUGUACAAAAAUGUUAUGGAGAGUGCUUAUAAUAAAAAUACAUUUUUAAUGCCAUUCACCAGACGAGUUACUGAUAAUUUUUGUGGAACUAUUGAUUAUAUUUAUUAUCAACGUGAUCGUAUGUGUUCUCGACAAUUAUUAAAUGUAUUGCAGAAUGAUGGUGAACGAGCAAUGCAUGACGAUUUUACUUUACCAAAUAGUCAACAUCCGAGUGAUCAUUUACCAUUAAUGGCUGAACUUGAUUUACUUCCAUUGUCUACUGAAAAUGACAAUACAAAUAAAUAA